UCAUCACUCGUUAAAGUAAAUAAUCAAACGCCACUAAAUUAAAAGAGGAUAUUGACUUCGAUCCAUAUAUCACUAACUAAUUUUCCUCAUUUGUGUGAAACCUCGCUCGAUCACAUUUUACUGUGUUAGCUAGGUACCACAAAAUCAUUGUAUAAAUAACCUUCAAUAUUUCUACCAUCUUCUCCAUCCCACAAAUUAAACUCAGCCAAAUAUAAUAAACAAUAAAAUCAUAGGAUCGAUUGCGAGUGAAAUAAAAGAACCAAUUUGAGAUCGAAUCCAUGGCUUCCAUGAGAUUCGCAUUGGUUCUUUUAUUGGCUUGCAUGAUCCUCUCCUUCCAAGCCGUUGUCGCUGAUAUUAUCUGCGAGAACUUGGCUGUAAACAUUUGUGCCUUUUCCGUCUCAUCCUCGGCAAAGAGGUGCGUGUUGGAGAACUCGAUCGAGGACGAUGGGAAAUUGGAGUACCAAUGCAAGACGUCAGAGGUGGUGGUCGGAAGUAACGUGGCGGAAUACAUAGAGACCGAUGAGUGCGUGGAAGCGUGCGGGGUCGAUCGGGAAUCGGUUGGGAUGUCGUCAGAUGCCUUGCUUGACCCGACCUCCAUGGCUAAGCUUUGCUCCGCCGCAUGUUACAAUAAUUGCCCCAACAUCGUUGCCCUUUACUUCGACUUGGCCUCCGGUGAAGGAGUGUACUUGCCGGAGUUGUGCCAGAAGCGAAGUGGUGGCCUUCAACUUCAGAGCGACGGUGCGGCUACUCCACGGCGUGGCAUGGCUGAGCUUUCGAGCGAUAAUGCUGAAGCACCUAUCGCUACUCCACGGCGCGGCAUGGCUGAGCUUUCGAGCAAUAAUGCUGAAGCACCUAUCGCUGAUACCGCUACACAGCAAGGGUACCCUCGUCGGGCCAUGGUUGAGAGCAGUGACAGGACAGAGGCACCUGCCCCCAUUUCUAGUAAUGAAUGAUGAUACAUUAGAACCAUCUCUAUUAUAUUUCUAAAGGAUAAAUUUAUGUUGGGGGAGGGUUAAUGAUGGUCAGAUCAUUGUAUAAUUUGGUUGAGGUUUGGGAUUAUCUCAAUAAAAUCUGGCUAGAGUUCUCA